UUCAGGUCUGUCCAGGACUACUUACUCCAGUAUAAAACUGAGAGCAGAAAUAUGAUCACAUACUAAGAAGUCUAAUCAAUUCUGGUUUCAACACUGAGCCUAUUUAAAAUAGAUAAUGGAAUUGCUGUUCCUUGUUCUGUUCUCUCUGCACAUUCUCAAGACAGAGGCAGUAGUUGGACACCAUUGGUGCUAUCUGUCACAGAAGAAAGAAGAGCCAACCUGUGAAGACCCUCGACAGUGGCAUAAAGUAGAUGCCAAAUGCAAAGGAAACAAACAGUCACCCAUCAAUAUCGUCACCAAAAAUGUCAUUUAUGACAAGAGCCUGACACCACUGCAUUUUGAGGAUUAUGAUGUGAAAGGGUCUUCAAAAUGGAAAAUAGAAAACAAUGGACAUACAGUUAAAGUAACACUGAGCACGAGCCCUAAAAUUAGAGGCGGAGGUCUGAAAAGAAGAUACAAGGCGGUAGAAUUUCAUCUGCACUGGGGAAUCCAAGAGGAACAGAUCUACUUUGCUGGGUCAGAGCACAGCAUAGAUGGAGAAAAACAAGCUAUGGAGCUUCAUAUUGUUCACAUAAGAGAAGAUGCUUUGGAUUUAACCGAUGCAAAGAACUAUGCAGACGGUAUAGCUGUGCUAGCAUUCUUUGUAAAGAUUGAUGAAGAAAAUAAAAACUAUGCAACUCUCAUAAGUGAAUUAGAUAAUAUUCCAGAGAAAGACACAACAUCACAGAUGGAGGCUUUGCCACUGAGUUCUCUUAUCCCACCGGUAAAUGAACUUGUGAAGUACUAUCGGUACGAGGGCUCCCUCACCACCCCUGACUGCCACGAGACGGUCAUCUGGACAGUGUUUGAGAAGCCAAUUCAACUCAGUUUAUUCCAGAUUUCCCAGUUCUCAAAAGUCCACUUUGGAGCGAAGAACUCAACAUACAUGUCUGAAAACUUUCGGCCUGCUCAGUUCCUGAAUGAUCGACAUGUGUACUGGUCCAGUGCCAGCAGCCUCCUGCCUCCUGCUAAGGUUUUAAUGUUGGCACUGAUCCUUCCGUACCUCCUGAAUUCUCUCUUCCAAUGAACAGUUCUCACUUCAAUCAAGGUUCUGGGCUUUCAUUCUGUUUUGUUUUUGUAUAAAGUAUUCCCUCUAACCACCAACUCCUUAAUUAUAUCUGAAUACCGAAUAUUCUCUCCUCCUCCUUCAUACACUAACCAACAACUUCUAUUGCUGCUCCUAUAUAAAAUGAAUCCAUGGCACUAAAUUAUAUGAACUCUAAGGAACUGUAAAAUUAAACUAUGAAGAUUCACAUUUAAAAAACACUUAAAGAAAACAUUAGGAAGGAUUAUCAGCGAUCCUGUAGUUUUAAAACAACAGUGGAAGGACACUUGGCAAAUUAUAUGGAGGAGUUUCAGGAGGAAUCUCUUCUUAAGUGCCUACAAGGGUUUCUGUUUUUUUUAGUGGACUAUGUUUACAUUCAACACUGCGAGUCAGGAAGACAAACAGCUGGAGGAAUCCUUAUUACAUCUACACUGUCCUACAUGAAGGUAAAAUACAGAGCAUAAAGAUGCUCAACGGAAUUGAACAACACCUCGGUCAUUUCAUCCAGUGAAUGACAUGUGACAAACUCAUCUGUACUAAUACAUUUUUCCCCCUUCUUCUUUCGGAGUACCUAAAAAGUUAACUCUUAGGUAAAGAUACUGCAUUACUUCAAUCCAACCUACUGAUUCUGCAUAUCAAAUUUCUCUGCUAAAUCUAUUUCUUCAGCCCAGUAUGACAUCCUAUUCCAGGAUGCCCAUGGCAGAUGUGAUGUGCCAUAAAGGAAAAGAGAAGCUUGUUCACAUACUCAAACUGCACAUCUGCAGCAAUUCCGUCUUUGUAGGGCUGUUAGGAGCAUGAAACAUUCAAGAUCCUUUACAGUUUUCAUUUCUAUAAUGAAAAUCUUCCAUAACAGUUCAAGGAAUGGCUCCUUCCAUUAUCGCUAUUUUAGAAACAUUUCAAUUUCAGUUUGAACGUUUCAGAGUGAAUAUUCCCACAAUUUUUAAAAGAAUAACAUACCUUCAGAAUAUUCAUGUAUGGUUAACAUUCAUAGUUUCAGGAAGAAGAUUGCAAUUGGAAUUGAUAUCUUCAGAUCUUACCCAGUUACCACACUCAACAUACUGGGGGCAGGAGUGGGAUUUCCUUGCACUGUUCCAGUUCUCUCUCUGAAGACAGACAAUACUGACUGCUUUCUCCAGCUAUGCCACACACAUUGCAGCUGCUUUGAGGAGUUUAGAUUUUGGCCAUCCCAAGAUACCAUUUCAUUCUAGAGGAUACCUACUCUUUCUUUAGGGCAAUGUUUGCAAGGAUGACCCUACACUAUGGCUACAGUCAUAUUCAGGAAGAUAUGACAGUGUGACUGACUGCACAUCACCAAAGGAGAAAAGUUAUUUUCAUAUUUAACGAUCAAUAAUAUGAGCUUUAAAAAACAAAACAUGGAAAAGCCAAUUUAUCUUGUUACAUUUAGAAGAAUGGUUAAGAGUUUAGCUGUAUUUUUAAGUAACAGAAAUCCUUCAGAGAAGCAAACAUAAAAGAAGGAUUAAAGCUGAACAGACAUACUAUA